UCUCUAUGUUUUAGAGUAUGUUCGUCCUUUGCCCGGUGAUUCAAUUUCCCCCAUCAUCUCCGCUGCGUCUCGUAAACAACCAACAACCUCUCUCUCUCUCUCUCUCUCUCUCUCUAUAAUGGAGCAGGUCCAAACUCUAGAAGCAUCUUCUGCUUCUUCUUCUUCCUCUUCUAGUUCCCCGUCUUUGGAAGAUUUUAUGAAGCUUUUGAAGGGUAAAACAGACUCCCAACGCCUAGCUGGUCUUCUUUUAGUCACUAAGUUCUGCGACAAAAAUGAUCAACACACCAUUCUUAAUGUCUAUCUCGCUCUUGGCUCCACUUUCCUCCACCGCCUCUUCCUCACUGGAAUGGGAAGAGGUGCCGUUGGAGGUGAUAGCUCCAACCGCGAGGCUUACUUGCGUUUGUCUGUCACGCUGCUUGCAUCUCUUGCUAGGGUUUCCCAGGUUGCUGCUACUGACGAAAUGGUGUCCAAAAUCCCCCUUAUUUUGGAGGUUAUUUCCAACGAAUCUGGCUCAUCUUUUCGCGAGGAGUGUUAUGAAUUUCUAUUUUUGGUGAGUGCUGCUCGUGAGGAUGGGAUAAUAACUCUGUAUGAUUCAGGAGGCGUGAAUGUUUUGGCGUCUCAAAUGGCUACUUUACCAGAUGGUUCCCAUGUGAUGGAGCUUGCAAUGAAACUUGUUCAGUUGAUUGUCAGCAAACUGCCUGCUGGAAAAGUUCACGUUGAUCAUCCUUCAGAGCUAUCAAAUAUGGUGGUUGCAAUAGCAAAACAGUUUGCUCUGCUGCAGAAUGCUUUGAAAUUUGACGCGCUUUACCUCCUCUCUAUUAUAUUGUCUUCAAGUUAUUCGGGGCCUGUACAUGCAGUGCUUCAGUCAAUGACAUGUGGUGAAUGGUCAACUUGCAUUCGUGUCGGUAUCAUGGAUGUUCUACAGAAUCGAGUUGCUCCUGCUGAGAAACUUCAGGCUCUUGUUCUUGCUGAGUGCGCUAUGUCCAUUGCUGGCGAAGAAUGGCUCAUUGGAUCAACGAUCUUACCUUUUGCACAUAAUUCUUUCCCUGAUAACCGGUGCAUACUACUUGUUUUGGAGUCAUCUAGGGUUGAAAUUGCUGUUAUCUUAAAUGAGCUAGCAUACUUAAAAUAUGAAGCAUCUAAAAGUUCACCUCCAAAUGCUGAAACAUUUCUCGUAAAGCUAAGGAAUCUUGGUGUUGCCUUCUCUUUGGUAGAAAUGAUUAUAAAACUCAUCUCAAAAUUUGGAGGAAAUGAAGAAUCAAUUUCAACUUGCAUACUUACUGAAAGCACUUUCACCAAGAUCAUUGGCGGGCUCAAUGAGACAAUUGGUGUGGUCCUUGAAUAUUUGCAUGAUGCGAAGGAUCAUGGGGAUAGAAAAGGGAAUGACCUUUUAGCUUCUGUCAGAAUAGUUGGGAGCUAUCUUGCAGAAGCACCUAGUGCAUGCAAAGAGAAGAUCAAGGAACUUCUUGGUUAUAUGCUAUGUGUUGAAGGGGAGGAUGAGUCUAGCAGCCCUUUUCAGUCCGUCUCCUUUUUGCUCCCUGUGCUGUGCCAAAUAACAAUGGACAAAGAUGGAUGUGAAAUAUUUGUCUCAGCUGGGGCAUUCAGAGCUGUUGUUGGUUGCAUUAUUUCUUUAAUUGAUUCAAGCCAUUCUAAAAUUGAUAGCAGUACCAUAUUCUUGGCAUGUGAUACAAUUUUGAAUCUUCUUUUAAAGAGAGAGGAAGUUGGAUUUUCCUUGGACAAUCUUUGUUAUGUGGAGCUUUUGCAGGCAUUGUCACGCUGGACAGAGGAUACAAUUGACACAUCUGUUAUCAUGAUGGCAUCAAGCAUAUGCUCAUUAAUACUGGAUACAACUUGUGAGGAAGCUCUUUUAUGCCAUCCAAAAUUUAAGCCCGACAACCUGAUUGCUCUAUCACAGCUCUUGAAGAGAAGUUUGGUUACAUGUGGUCAGGAAUUGAUGUCUGAUGAUAUCAACACCAACACGGAGGCUGAUCUUUAUCAGAUAGUGAGCUCAGGAUAUUCUUCUUGGGCAGAACGGUUUCCACAUGUCAAAGUAGUAGUUGAGGGAGGAGCAAAUUUUGUGAGACGAUCAUAAUAAUGGCGACAGUUUAGUUGGUUGGAGAAAGUGAUAAUUGUACAACCAUGUAUGUGUAUGUAUGUAUGUUGAGAUGAGCCGAUGAUGUAAUGCAAUGAUAGUUGGCAGAGUUGUUUAGAUGGUUUAUGGUUUUAGUACAUGUUUAUAAGAAAAGUUUAAUUUGAUAUACGAGUGUUGUUUCAUUAAAAAAAAAUAUAUGACAAAUAAUUUUCUUACUAAAUAUAUCACUUUUUAGUUUUUAU